AUGCUAUUGUUCUUUUUCCAUCCUUCUAUUACAGGAGCUACUUUUGAUUCCGCAGUUAAAAUGGUAUGUACAAUAGUCAUUCAUAUUUAAGCUAUGGUUGUUUGCAUUUUCAGACAGCAAACCAUACAUAUUUAUUUGAGAACAAUUCUCAAAUUGCGUAUAUUUAUUUUACAAAGUAAGUAAUUCUAUAAUAACUUAAAACCACUUUUAUUUACAUUAAAAUUCUUCCAACAGAUUUCACCAGUUUUUCUUUAAUUUGCAUGGUUAUUUAAGAUACUCUAAUCUUUGUUUUGGUGACUUUUGAUGGAGACUUAUGUGCUAAUGGAAUACCCAAUUAAAGUUUCAGAUUCGGCUUAUUCUUUUUGUAUUUUGGGAAGAGGGGAGUUUUUUUUAAUUUAUUAAUUUUUCCCCUCACUUUUUUUACAUUUUCUUCCAUCUGUUAUACUUAGCAUGGCCGGGUUAAAGUAAAGAGUACAGCAGAGCAGCAGGUGGCAAAACAGAAAGAGCGAGAGAAGAAGCUAAAUCUGUAUACCAGUGCAACACAGGCUGCCCUACGUAAGGUGCGUUCUUUAAAAUCUAUAACCAUGGAGUGUACAUGUUACAGAUGCUCUCUGAUUGAUUAGGAAGAUCUACACAUCUAUGGACAUGUUAUCACAAACUCAGCUUUCACUUAAAAGGACAUUCUAGGCAUUAAAGCAACAUUGUUGCAUCAAAGUGGUUACGAUGCCUGGAGCACCCUGGUGCAAGCUCAUGAUCCAGUGUUAAACUGUUUUUGAAUCGUUUAACGCUGAAUAGGGGUCCCAGGCCACCUGCAGCCAAGCUCCGAUUGGAGGUAUAGCUAAUGCAGAGUUAUAGUCUGGCUUAGCUAGGCCAGUUUAUACCAGUGAUGGGUGGCCUUGAAACUUUCAGCUAGUCACUGAGGCCCAUCACUGAUUGGGCUUAUGUGGAAGCAUCAUAUUUAUCAAUAGUGAGGGGCCAGGCUGUGGGCAGCUGAGGACCCCCUGCAAAUGUUUUGACACAUAAGGGGACAGCCCUAAGAAGAUGAAGUGGUUAUAGUGAUUAGCUUGUCCUUUUAAGUUGAGGCAUAACGGGGACAUGGGCUGUGUUUCUUAUGGCUACAUUUUUAGUUCUUUUAAAGUGGUAAAAGCGUAAUCUAGGGAACAAUCCAGACACACACAAAACUUCAAAUUGCUGAAGUGCUUUUGUGUCUGGAGUCUGUAAUUUUUUUAAAUUAUUUUUUGUCAGUUUGGAAAUCGGCACUUUUAUAAUUGGAGGCAGAAACACCUCCCUGGCUGUCACGAAGAGAGCCUGCUUUUUUGUUGGGCUUUCUUUAGCUUCACAGAGCACAACUUCUCAAUAAGCUGUACUACAGCUUGUAUCAGUCUAUUAUAUUGUAUUGUCUUUUUCCCAAUUGUACAGCGCUGCAGAAUUUGUUGGCGCUUUAUAAAUACCUGGAAUAAAUAAAUUGAGAAGCACUGGAAAGCCGUGUGCAUUCUCAUGGCUUCCACACAGAAGCUUAUUGAUGAGAAACCUGAUUAGUGCAUUCCCCGGCACAGACUGAAAGACGAGAAGAAGGAGGGAAGCACGUGCAAGGGCUGCUUCUUUUUGUUGUUUAUUUUUUUUCAUUUACCCCAAAUAAAACAUGCAGGAAUAAUGCAUGCAUGUUUUGUUUGCAGGUGGUACUACUACUAAGUAGUUAAGAAAGAAAACAUUUAAAUGUACAUCCUGAUCAUAAUGACAUUGUUACGUAGUAAGUCUGUCUUGUUCAGCCUUUCGCACAUCCCUGGCAGUCAUAUUUCUCAUUGGAUAUGCUAUUAUUCUACAUAUUGACUAUUUUGUUUUCCCCAAAAACACAUCCAGAUUUUGUUUCAGAUCUGUACAGAAUCUAAAAACCAACUUAAUCAGGCCAAGAAUUCUGUGUGUCUAUUAUUCUGUAAAGAAUGAUUUCUUCUGCUGUGGCAACAUCUCCCUUCUAAUUGGGUGGCCUCUUCUCCUUUGUACAGUCCUAUUAAUGGUUCGGCUACCAGAGAGAUGUCUGUACUGGCCCUGCAAAUAUUUUUAUAAUGUCACCAUUUCCCAUUUGAGCUGUAUUUGUUUUUUAGUUUUUCUUAGUAACUAAAAUCUUACAUUCCCUUAAUUAAUGUUGUUGCCUGUGUCAACCAUUAUCUUUAAUUGCAUAAUAACCUCCUUUGAAACAGGUGCUCAAAAUUGUGCUGCAUAUUAAAGGUGGGAUCUUACUAUUGAUUUAUAAAGAGACAAAAUUGUAAUUUCAGCUUGUGAAUUAAUACCUUUCUGCCUUUAUCAGCUGCUACCUGACACUGCACAUUGUUCCAUAGCCUGUUCAGGACUAUUCCUAAGUCUUUCUCAUUUAUUUUCCCCUUGGGAUUUAAGUUGAGAUUGUUCUCUGUUCAGCUGGUUUAUUUUAUGUAAAUGCUGAAACAUUACUGGAAGUAAUAUUAAUAAAUGAUUGCUCAUGAUAUGUUUAGACCUAGCCGCUCUUACUUGAUGCCUUACCUAGCUCAAUCUGUUUCCAUCUAGCGUGAUGCUGGGGAGUUGGAUAACGAAGCACUGGAAGUGACUGCUCAGAUAUUAACUUUAAACCCAGAUUUUGCUUCUUUAUGGAACCUGAGACGGGAAGUAUUUCUUCAUUCGGGGAAAAGCAGGUAACAUUACUGUUGAUAUCACAAAAAAAACCCAAAUUAUUUCCAUCUUCACUAAUCUCAUCCUGGGCCUUGUGGUGUGCUGCUUUUAAUUUGCUUUUGCAAAAAGUAAUAAUUUGAUAUCUCGCCUUCAUCCUGCAAGCAGAUCCUUAAUGCAACAUAGAUUACUGUUCAAGGGGAAGCCUAGUACCAUUACCACAACAGUGUGAUGAAGUGGUUAUGGUGCUUUGAGUCCCCUGGUAUUGGCCCUUGAGUAAGAGUCAAAGCAAUUUAGAAUGUUUGACACAAUUUUUCUGAUAUCCCCAGAGACCCAUGGUCCAGACCCUCUUCAGAUAUUGCUAAAGCAGACAAUCCUAUUUCUGCCUAUAGAUCGGAAUGGAAAUUAUACCCUUAAUGAAGAAGUAGGAGCGUCCGCUUUAGUAACAUCUAAAGAGGCGCUGGAUCACUGGUGCUUAGGGGGCCUGAGUUCGUUUCAAACUGUUUGAUAACAGUUUGUCAUUUAUCUCAAAGAUGUUAUCAGAGACCAUCUGACACCAUAACCACUACAGCACACUAGAUGCUUAGAGUGGUUCUUUAUUGUAUUUAUUAGAAUGUAACAGCCAUACUAGACAAAAACUGCAACUUUGCAAUUCACCAAGUACUUCUUAAAACAUAUGCUCCUCAUAUUAACUAGUUUAGUUCCAUCUCUUCCCAUUCACAAGUAUAACUGCUCUGAGAAGUAUAGCGAUUGGGAUAUUUUUUAACAUAUUAAGUGAUUACCUGAUAUAAUUUAAAAAAAGUGGACUCUUAUCACUUGAGAAAGAAUACAUGCUAAACGAUAUACAGGGGGAUUCACAUACAGAAACAUGUGCCAAGUGAUCAGAUUGUCUUCAAACCACUUUUUAUAAAAUGUUUCUUGUAUUUUAUAUUCAAAAGGAGGUAAAUGCUGUAUCACUCUAUAAAUAUAAUGUAAUAAAGUAUAUCUGUCGUGAUAAAUUGCGUGGAAUCAAUUUACAGGUAAUAACAUUCUAUCAAUACGUUCAUCUAGCAAAUGUUCUUUGCCUUCUUGUGAUAGUCUAUGGACAUCUUGUUGAAAAGUCAUCCUGAAUUUAGAGGGACACUAUAGUCACCUGAACAACUUUAGCUUAAUGAAGCAGUUUUGGUGUAUAGAACAUGCCCCUGCAGCCUCACUGCUCAAUCCUCUGACAUUUAGGAGUUAAAUCCCUUUGUUUAUGAACCCUAGUCACACCUCCCUGCAUGUGACUUGCACAGCCUUCCAUAAACACUUCCUGUAAAGAGAGCCCUAUUUAGGCUUUCUUUAUUGCAGUUCUGUUUAAUUAAGAUUUUCUUAUCCCCUGCUAUGUUAAUAGCUUGCUAGACCCUGCAAGAGCCUCCUGUAUGUGAUUAAAGUUCAAUUUAGAGAUUGAGAUACAAUUAUUUAAGGUAAAUUACAUCUGUUUGAAAGUGAAACCAGUUUUUUUUUUUUUUUCAUGCAGGCUCUGUCAAUCAUAGCCAGGGGAGGUGUAGCUAGGGCUGCAUAAACAGAAACAAAGUGAUUUAAUUCCUAAAUGACAGUGAAUUGUAGAUUAUGCUAACGUAGUGUACCUAUAAUCUUAAUUUUAAUAAUGACAGGAGGCGAAUAUUUUGCAUAACUUUCUUUACUUUAUGCCUCCAGCAGCACAAGUCAAUCAAUAAACUUUAAACCAAUCAGUAACAGGCAUCACAUCCAUAUAUAAAGCCCUGACAGACACAUGACUUCCUCUUUCUUUGAUGCGAAAAACAGUCUAUUAUAACGUCAGGGAAUUCAAAUAACAGUCCUGAUUAACGUGUAGCACAUAACUUGAAACGAAACUUGAAACCUUCCAGCUUUAUCUUGUCGAAUCCAUCUAUGAUGAUUACGCUGAAAAGAACAGAAAUACGUGAAAGGUGAUGGAAACCAACUGUUGUCCACAUUAAAUCCAGUACUAUAUGUGUCUAUAUUUAUAUUAAGUUAAUAUACUGAAACAUUAAACAAACCAUAGUAUACUUAAUAAUCAACACGGAUCUAACACAUGUCAACCAAAUAAGCAUCCCAUAAAUACUGAAUUACCAAAACCUUAUAAUUUACACUGAGAAAAUGACAAACCAGAAUAUAAAAAUUUUCCAGAGCAUAGGGAGGGAAACAGGGUGGGAAAAUAUUCGCCUCCUGUCAUUAUUAAAAUUAAGAUUAUAGGUACACUACGUUAGCAUAAUCUACAAUUUUAUCACAUGACAGGAGGCUUCAUAUUUUGCAUUUUUAAAGCUGUGGUAUGAGCGAGAAGGAUGCGUGUGUGGUUGACGAAAAUAAAUAUACGGAAGUAGUCUAUCCGUGUCCAAUUCGUCGCUGAAAAUAUAGAGGCCCCCUCGUGAAGGCCUGAGAAGCAGCCGCGCCUCUUACCGAAUGAGUACCCAAACACGUCUCCACCCUCGCUAGCGAUAACAACCAAUGAACCCAUCUAGACAGAGUGUUCAUGGUAACUGGCUGGUACGGUUGGUAUAAGACCAGCAGAUGUCCUGAAUGUGACAUUCUAAGUGUUGUCGUGAUCUCCAUGUAACAAAGUACCGCUUUAACUGCACAAAGACUGGGAAACCGUCGGUAACAGGGAACGAUACGGACGCGGAUAAGAUAUAGUUCUACGAGACACUGUAGAAAUCAUUCUUUCCGGUGAUACCGAAGAGACCGUCUACGUCGAACUCUAGUACAUCUGAUACCCGACGAAAAGACCUAAAAGUAACGUGACUCUGGCUAACGGCUGACGGAGGGAUAGGACCGUGAUAUCUGACUAGCUCCAAAAGAACCAAAUCAAAGUCCCACACCAGUGAUACUUUGACGCAUGGUUCUGGACGGUUUGAUACCCCGCAGAAAAUGGCAUAUCAAAGGCUCUUGAUUGACCGGAGUGUCGUGAAUCAUGCUAUGCGUCGUCGAAAUCGCGGAACGUAGCCCGUUAAUGGAAUGUUCCGAUCGGCCUGUAGUGAAAAGGUAUGAUAAAGAUCCAGCAUCGUGGAGAUAGGGGUAAUAAAGGGAUCGCAGUCCCUUCCCAUACACCAGCGAACUCCAGGUGUUCCAUGCAGAUAAGUUAUUUCGGGGAAUACCUGGUGUCCAUGAGUCCCAUAGUAGGCCUCUAGUUGGUUGCGAUAGUCCCUUGACAUACCAGUCUCCCCUGGAAGACACCAAUCUACCAACUCCAGAUGCUCCUGCAUUAUCAAUGGAUGAUGUUCUCCUUUUGGAUCCGCCCGAAGGCAAGUUAAAACGGAAGGAGCAGAGGAUGAUCCUGAUUAAGGACAACCCUUCUGGGUGUCACGCUUGACUCCUUUACCGCAGUAAUGAGUACUAUCGAAGUCUUCGCUAUUCUGAUCCCAAUUUCAUAGGUGUGUCCGUAUCUCAGGCAGUGAGCUUUCAGCCACUGUCUGGCCCGGUAGUGAAGCAGUCCUGGGAAAUAGUCAAAGGGUUAUGGUGCCUUUCCGCCGUACCCAUCGAAUUUCCUUACGAAUCGUCGCUAUCAAUGAUGUGGGAAGGUGUAAUCCGCCCAAGGGGGAAUCUAUUCUAAAGUAGAGGAACUGAAUCACUCGGAGCUGGGAUCGAACCGACUCCUCUCUGUUCACUAUGAAUCCCAACAAUUCCUGAAACUGUAAACAUAAAUCUUGUUUGUAAACGUAGUCAUGAAUUGGAUUUGCAAAAGGUAAGUCGUCUAGGUAUGUGACAGCAGAUACCCUUUGCUUUUCAGUGCGCCGUGACCGACUUCAGAAACUUUAUGAGGCACCAUGUGAACCUAUAGGUAAGUGCCCUUCAAGUCCAACCUUGUAGAUCCCCUAAGAGAUGGAUACCUUCCUUCUUGAGUUGUCGGUACGCCCCAAAACCAUUGGGUUGGCAUAGGUUGAUGACUGGGUCAUAGUCUCCUAUCUUCUUCCUUACUACCAAAUCGUUGCUGAGAUAAAUGGUUCUCCAAACGAUAGUCCGUCCGCCUGAGGUCCUCGCUCUUUCGUCCCUAACUUGAAUAGUUUGAAAUCCAUCUUUAAUCGGGCUGCUUUGCGCCGUUCUGUGCACCUGUCUGCCUUGUGUUCCCCAACCUACAUAUUGCCCUUUGCACCCAUUCCCUCACAUCAUGAGCUUCUAGCGGUGAGUCUUGUGUCGGGUCAGGUCCGCAAAGUAUAGAAUUUUUUCCUGGGCUGAUCAUAUCCAGUAUUUCAUCUUAACUUGUUUUGAGUCCUCCUCCUACACCUUUACAUGGACCCCGGCCUGAUCGGGACAUACAUAUCACCACGAGCUCCAUAGUGAGGACUAUCUUGUUCGGACAUAGAGGGCGUGGGCAUUCCAUCCUGAGCCUGUCUCGGAUUUCUUUUCCCAUAGGCCUCCUAAGCCAGAAGUGGGCCCGGUGCUCCGGUUAACCCCAUUCAGAUGACCCUGGUUGUCGGAUGGUGCGUGAGUCAAAACAGGAGUGUCCAGUGUGCCAAAGAAAAAAACCUUUCUUGCUAGGCGGGUCUUGUCACUUUUACCUCUUCUGCCCUCCAUUCUUUCAUGAUCUCCAGAGAAGGGGGGGAGGAUGAAGUCCUCGUCCCCUGAUGAUGGGUGUCCGACCUAACGUCGGUAUCUCAAUCUUCCAUUGGUGUUGCUGCCGUUGCACCCGCUCUGUUGGAUGGGUUGUUAGCCAGCAUACUGGAGAGGACUUCUUCCCCCGGAGCUGUCAUGGCGGCCUUAAUCCUCGCCUGAAAAUCGGUCGGGGAUAUUGAGGUAAGUCCGACAUGUUGGUUCACAUCCUUUCGGUCCGUGGGAGACAGGAUCAUACAACAGUACACUUAUUGCCACUCAGUGGGCCUCCGCGUAUAACUGGGGGUCACCCAGAAUUUUGAUCAAUCAGUAUCAUUUUCGCAGGAUCCGGGGAGUGGUCUGAGAAUGAGGACACCCUCAGUAAGACCGGGAUGAGCGGUCUGCAAUGUCGGGACGUAGCCCGAGUCUGGGAGACGUGAAAGCCUCAAUAUAUAUAGUCCACGGGUUCAUCCUUAUAUGGUCUAGAAUUGUGGAGUUUUGGCAGCACUGUGAGUUCUCCUUCUCGGUUAAGGGAAGGGCGUACGGAACCCCAGUUGAAGCAUAGAGGUGCCAGAAUACAUGCAUCUAGUGCGCCCUGGUCUGUGCAUACAAUGACAGAGCGUACUCUGAAGGUAGAAGCCCUAGAAAGGGUGCGGGGGGUCACCCCGUCCGGUAAGGGGUCACGCCUUUGUACCUAUGCCACUAGCACCGGAGUAAGACUCGCUUGGGGUUCACCCAGCAUAGGAGGGUCACCCCUGUAUGAAUGUCUCUUAUUGCAUGUUGGGACACUCUUUCGGUCUAUGGGGUACCGAACAGGUGUCAGGUACGGUAGUACACUUAUUGCCACUUAGUGGGCCUCCACGUACGACUGGGGGUCACCCAGAAUUGUUUCAAUCAGUACCACUUAGAGAUUUCCUGGGAGUGGUCUGAGGAGGGGGUCACCCUCAAUAAGACCGGGGUGAGCGGUCAGUAAUGUCGGGACGUAGCCCGUGUAUGGGGAGGUAUGGUAGCCUCCAAAUUAUCCAAGGGGUCACCCUUAUAGGAUAUAGUACUGUGGAGAAUUGGCAGCACCGUGAGCUCUCCUUCCUGGCUCUGUCGAUAUACAUGUAUUCAGUGUGACCCGGUCUGUGCAUACAGUAACAGAUCGUACUCCGUGGAUAUGAGCCCGCCCUAGGGCGUGGGGGUUCCCCCCAGUAUAUGUAAGUCACUAGUACCGGAAUAAUAUUCGCUUGGGGUUCACCCAGCGUAGGGGGAUCACCCCAGUAUAUGUAUGUCACUAGGACAGGAACCAGAUUCGCUUGGGGGUCACCCAGCGUAAGGGGGGGUCACCCCUGUACCACAAUGUCACUUUGAAGAGGUGUCUGCCACGCUUGGGGGUCACCCAGCGUAAGGGGGGUCACCCCUGUUAAUCACUCCGUUAUGUGCCUCCACUACUGUGUCCUGGGAGGUGUAUCCCUGUGGGGAAGGAGUGUAUCCAAUGGUUGUGAGGUCCAAUGGGAGUAGAGAGCGGAGUAAGAUAUCAGCUCUAUUUAAUUUCCCUGCCAGUAGAUAGAGUAAUGCAUCCACUAUAUGCCCACAGCAGGGGACAGUCCAUUCAUAAUCCUCCAGAUGUACAAUAAAACUGUUAUUCAACAUGUCAAUUGUAUAGAACAGAAUAGAGCAAACUGUCAGCAGAUGCACACAGCAGGGAUCAAUCCUACAUAUUCAUGCAGAGUUACAUAUAAAACUUUUAUUUCACAUGCCAAUGAAAUAUGCCAGUAUAGAGCUCAGCAGUGAACAGUCCAUUCAUAAUCUUCCAGGAAAGGUACAUAUAAAACCUUUAUUCCACAUGCCCAUGAACAGUAUUGAGCUCAAAAGUACUUGUAAAACUUUUAUUUCACAGGAAAAAUAUAUGAAACAGUACAGAACUAGCCGCCAGUUCGUGGGAAUCACGAACUGGCCAAACGACAUGGCCGACGUGAAUCUCGCGAGUGCCGCGAGAUUCAAGAUGGCCGCCGUUCGCGCGCAAAAGUGCUGUGCGGCCCACGAUCGAGGAUACGAUCGCGGUCUGCCGGCAUGGAAAAGAGUCCCCCCGACAUCCCCAACCCCCAGAGACCUGCCCUGAAGUCCCAGCACCAAUGAAUAAAAAGCAUGCUCGCGGAAAACGCCGCGAUCCGUGCGAUACCAGAGUAAAGCAUAGGGAAAGAAAAGGUGCCAGCAACAGAAAACAGGCUAAUAAAGCAGAAAAUACAGGGUUAAUUCAGGGGAAGGGUAACAGGGGGAGAAUAUCACACUAUACAAAUCCAAAUGGAAGGCAAGUGCAAAAUAAUGAAAAACGUUUAGGCCAAAAUUGCAGGACAAGCUAAUAAAGUUUAACAAAAGUGGCCAUGCAUAUCCAGAAACAGUUUGGAGCAAAAACUGAAUGUCUAGCAUUAAAAAUCUAACUAAAGUGACCAUAGCAAUAUUAAUAAAAACAGUUGGAGCAAACUGAAAGUCAAUUAAUAAAGUUUAAUUAAAGUGGUAUCCAGAAAAAACAGUUAGGAUUAAAACUGAAUGUCUAGCAUAAGGUGUCUAACUACAGUGACCAUAGCAAUAUUAAUAAAAACAGUUUGGAACAAACUGAAAGUUAAGCAUAUAAAUGAUUAACAAUGACAAUUGCAAUUCAGUAAAACAGUUUGGAGCCUAUGGAUGUGAUGACUGAUUGGUUUAAAGUUUAUGAUUGACUUGUGCUGCUGGAGGCAUAAAGUAAAGAAAGUUAUGCAGCGUGUGACUCGAGAAUGAUCUAUACACUAAAACGCGCUAUAGUGUUCCUUUAACCUUGUCAUUCAAACUGUCUAUUGCUGGUGAGGUAGCUCAGUCGGUAAAUUCCCUUACUACAAAGCCUGUUCAAAAAUGCAAGGUUUUAAUCCCGUCAGGGUCAACUCAGCCCUUCAUCCUUGAGGUCGAUAAAAUGAGUACCAUCAAUUGGGUAAUAAUAACAUCUAUUACUAUUCAGCUGCCGAUUUGGUUAAUUCUGAAAUAAGCGCUUUGAGUCCCACUGGGGCGCUAUAUAAAUACUAGUUGUUGUUUUUGUUGUUGUUGUUAUUAUAAAUACUAGUUAUUAUUACUAGGACUGGAAAAAAAGCUGUCUCUUCAGCCUUUCUGUGUUGGCAGUCAUUAAAAUAUAAACAAGAGGGCAGAGCCUAGUGAAAGACGUGUCUCGUAUGAGCUCUUGCUGUAUGAGCGAUAUACCUGGAGAUUUCUGGAUGAAGUGCCGGACAACUUUAUACAUGGAGCCCUACAAGCUGGGGAAUCCUGCACGCAACUUUUGACACCAGAACCAACGCUUUUCACACCAGAACUUUAGGCAGCAGGUUGCAACCCUCCAGAUACAGUGUGGGUGAAAGGCGGCCACUUUCCUCCCGCUGGACACAUCCAAGUGCGACUCACCCCCCCCCGUGGACCCGGGGAUAAUGGACAGCAAAUGGGCUCUGCACGAUGGCAGCACUUUGCAAUGACACUCUUUCUACGUUGCUAGACCGCGCAAGUGGGCACAAAAGGCCUGGGAAAAAGUUGUCUUACCUCUUUACCGGCUCAAAUGGGUUUCCAGCAUGAAACCAAUGUCUGCUCCCUAAAAACUGAGCCCGCAACAUAGUUAUGACUGAAGCAAUAAAAACAGUUGGAGCUUAAUAACUGAAAGUGCGCAAUUACAUUUAAACAAAAGGAGGUUGAUGGCCAUUUGAAUAUAUAAAGUCAAGGGUAGGAGUUCCUACACUAGCCAUUAGAUAUGCUGAUAAAACAUAUCUCUAGGAUUCUACACAAUAAUGUAUAUGAGGUUACUCAAUGCAAUUCCCUCUCUAUCUCGCUCUCUUUGUGUUGCAGUUCAUUGCUUAUGGUUGUCAAAUCUUCUUUAACUACAGUCCUCUUGGCAUUACCGCUUCCCAUAGCAAUAUUAAUGAGAAGUGGGGGGAGGGAACGUUCUGAGGAUAGUAGGUAGGCCUUUCAUAGGAAUUUACACCCAGGUCAAAAGGAAAGAUUGGUCAGGAGAAAACCAGUAAUUAAGAUAACCAUAUAAAAAAAGAGUAGGGUGUUUAUUAUUAUUAUUAUUUUUUUUUAUUGCUGACUUUGACGUUAACAUUGAUGGCGGAUUCAAAAGCAUAUCCCCCAAAUCAUUUCCAUGAUUUACUGAGGUUUUGAUGCACUACCAUUUAUUCUUAUUACAAACACUGUGUCUCUCCGACAGAGUUGGAACUUGUACAAAAUGCUUUCUUGACACUGACCCAAAGUGACCAGAGUGCGUGGUUUUAUAAUCGCUGGCUUCUUGGAAGAGGCUAAGGAAUAAGGAAACCAUCAUCUGUAUAUAGUAUUAUCAUUUGUUUUGUCUCUCCCCCACCCAGCCAUUAUUUAAUAUAUUUCCUUCCUGUUUGCUAGCGGACCACCCUCUUUCAAUUCGAAGUAUCUUAGUCAGUGUUGAAGAACCCUCGGUUUGCGUUUCAUUUUCUCAGCCAGUCAAAGUGAGUGUAUUAUUCGAUCAACAGUUACCAUGUUGCCAUUACACAAUUUCCUAUGUUAAAAAAAAAUCAUAGUAUGAAUUCUUAAUCUUUUUUUUUUUUUCUCGUUGUAUAUUUGUAAUUUCAAACAAAGGUUCAAAACCAGUAACGAUGUAAGGAUGCUUAGAUUUCAGAGUAAGAAUAAAAUAAAAGAUAAUGCACACUUAACAAAUACCCUAGCUGAGAGACUACAGUUAAAGGACCACUAUAGUGCCAGGAAAACAUACUCGUUUUCCUGGCACUAUAGUGCCCUGAGGGUGCCCCCACCCUCAGGGUCCCCCUCCCGCCCGGCUCUGGAAGGGGGAAAGGGGUUAAAACUUACCUUUUUCCAGCGCUGGGCGGAGAGCUCUCCUCCUCCGAUCCUCCUCCGUUCCUCCUCCUGGGCUGAAUGCGCACGCGCGGCAAGAGCUACGCGCGCAUUCAGCCCGUGGCAUAGGAAAGCAUUUACAAUGCUUUCCUAUGGACGCUUGCGUGCUCUCACUGUGAAAAUCACAGUGAGAAGCACGCAAGCGCCUCUAGUGGCUGUCAAUGAGACAGCCACUAGAGGAAGUAGGGGGAAGGCUUAACCCAUUCAUAAACAUAGCAGUUUCUCUGAAACUGCUAUGUUUAUAAAAAAAAUGGGUUAACCCUAGAAGGACCUGGCACCCAGACCACUUCAUUAAGCUGAUGUGGUCUGGGUGCCUAGAGUGGUCCUUUAAGUUGUUUUGGGGAAAAGGAUAACUUUAGUACUGGCAGUAUCACGGUUUAUUUAUCAUUUUAGACUAACUCCACAGUUCAUUUCUGUUGUGACAAUGUUUCAGAAAACCACUGGUGUACUUGUGACUCUGGCUCUAGUUUAUGGGCAGUUUGCGAAGUUUAUAAAAAAAUUGUCACUUUUCAACAUACUAAUAACUCAAUAUUACUACUGGUAAAAAAGUCUAUAGUUUGGGCUUUUUCAUAUAUUGCAUAAUGCAGUUAUAACGACACCUGUACAGAUCCACCUGGCAACUGCUAACACUUAUUAUGGAAUCAUUGCGGUGAGCUCAGCCUAUUAUGAUAAAAUGAAAGGCAUGUUUUAUCUUUUCUUUUGAAAACAGUAUUUUGUUUGUGAUAACCUAUGUUGGUGCAAUCAUACAGUGUUCUUAAAACCUUCAGCACAGAAGAAAAAUCAUAUGUACUUACCAUAAUUUGAUUUUCCUGAUCAUAGGCCAUGGCAACACAACACUGAGUGGCUUCUCCCUUUCCCCAAUUAGACCUAAAUAAAAUAAUAUAUAUAUAUAUAUAUAUAUAUAUAUAUAAUAACCCUCCAACCACCUACCCAAAGUCUUUGUAUUAAACAAUGUCCUAAGGGCAGAAUCUUUGCUGCCAUGACCUACGACCAGGAAAAGAGUAUUAUUUGGUAAGUAGAAAUAUAUUUUCCUGGCCAUUUCCAUGGUGUCACAGUAUAUGAAUCCAGCCUUAGACAGACAGGAAUGUAUUACUGAUCCUUAGAGGUGGCCAGGUUAACAUAAUACACACUCGAUAUUAUACAGUAAGAGAAAUCACUAUAAACAAGCAAAAGUCAAGGGUAGCCAGAGAUCUGGUAAACAAGGAAAAAGAGUCGGAUUAAGGAAGCCAGCAAUAUUGGGACCAAAUAAGAACUACAACAAGGCAAAGAGAAUGGGGUGGACUAGAGUUUAUGUAGCUAAUUAAGUUCCACGUCAUUCUUGAGCGCCCAAAAAGCUGUCCCAGAAAUGAAGCAGGAUGCUCUGUGUCAUUAUAGUGACACAAAGUUUGGACUCUAUAAAAUGACGCAGGUAUUGAGCAUCCAGUAGAUUGACACAACAUCAGUAUGGAUGCGAGAAGGACGGACAACAUCAGUAUUGACGCGAAAAAGAUGAAUGAUCAACGCAGAGCAGGGAGAUCAGAGCUCCCUCGCCGCCUCUGAUUCAAACACAGCCGCAUGCCGGUGGGGGUCCAUAAUGUGGCCUGGUAGAAGGGACCGCUUCCCUACUGGACACUUGAAUUUAGCACGCCCCCCCCCCCAUAGCAGGUGCACCCUAAGGCGGCUGCAUGUGUCGCCUUAUGGACGUGCUGGCCCUGCAUGUAGAUAAAACGUGGCAGCACAACAAUUGGUAAUAACCAAGGGAGGGAGAACAAUAAAUACAGACACCAAUGUUUUAGAAUGUGUCAUUUGUAUUAAACCAAUUGAAAGCGAAAAAAACAAUCACAUAUUUGAUACUGAAAGAACACAAAUUGAGCAGCUCCGACAAGCAAAUGGUAUUGCCUAAUAAAUGUGUUAAAGGAAGAUCAAAUCAUGCCAGGAUAAACUUUAGCUGCAGCUGCCAAACAUGCUGAAUAGGCCUUAAGUCAAUUUGGUCUAGGAAGGCCUGACAGAUGAGAACAAAGCGGAGAUGUUUGGCCAUAAUGCACAGUAUCAGGUUUGAUUAAAAACCAAAUGAGGAAUAUCCACACAAACACCUCAUACUAACUGUUGAGCACUGCGGUGGUGGGCUUGUUUUGAACCAAUGAGACCUGGUAACCUUGCAGUCAUUGAGUAGACCAUGAACUCCUCUGUAUACAAAAGUAUUCUAGAGUCUAGUGUGAGGGCAUUUGUCUGACAGCUAAAACUUGGCCGAAAUUGGGUCAUGCAACAUGAAUGUGAUCCCAAGCACACCAGCAAAUCUAGAACAGAAUGACUGAAAAAUAAAAUAAUUAAGGUGUUGCAAUGGUCCAGUCAAAGCCCAGAUCUCAACCUGAUUUAAAUGCUGUGGCGGGACCUUAAGAGAGCUGUACAUAAAAAAAAAAUGCCAGUGAAGCAAGAAGUGAAUGAACUGAAGCAUUGUAAAGAAGAGUGGGACAAAAUUCCUCCACAUUGAUGGGAGAGACUGAAAGUCACAGAAAACGAUUACUGAAAGUUUUUGCUGCGAAUGGUGGUCCUACAAGCUAUUGAAUCAUAGGGUAUACUUAGUUUUUCACACAUAGUUUCUCUAUUUUGGCUUCAUUUUUGUUAAAUAAAUAAUGACACGGGUAAAAUGUCAUGUGGUGUUGUUCAUCCGAGGUUGUAAUUAAUAUUCAUAUCUGCUAAGGAACAGAUGAUUAUUAUGUCCUGAUAUGUAAAACCGUAGAAUUCAAAGAGGUAGUACUUUCUUUUUCCCAUGGCUGUCUGUUGCUCUGGAGCACUGCUGCUUCCAGCUAAUUAUCAAACAUACACACAAGUCAAAGGCUUCCCGGAGGAUUCCAGCAAAAAGAACGAAAUUAUCCCGGAUAAAAAUAAAAAAAUUCUUACACUUUACUAAUUCUUCACAAAACAUAAAAGUGCAUAUGCCUGAAACAUAGUAACCUGGCUUAACAGCUCUCCUUGCAUGUAAAAAAUUGGAACGGGAGGUAUCAAGAAACACGCCUACUUAAGGUAUAAUCUAGUAACUGUAACAGAUUGCUAGUCAAUUAGUCCCUAAAAGUAAAAAAAACCUAAAAACUAAAAACCGUAUACAAAUAUCCAAAAGAAAAAACAGGGGCAAACCACAACUUGACUCAUACAACACAAUGUAGUAUAAAUCCAAACCAGCGACUAUACCAUAAGCACCUCAAGAACCAAUUUUUGAAUGCCCGGAAAUGUUAAAAAAAAUAAAUUAAAAAAUGUAUCACUUUUAUUACAAAGAGAAAAAUGUCCACAGGAGUUUUUUUUUUUUUUUUAACUCGUUCAGAGUGACUAUCGAGGAAUUAAAUUCAGAUAAGUGUACAUUUCUCACCAUCACAUCUUCAGCAAAUAUCCUAAUUGGCUUUAUAAGAUGAGCUUUCAAUGACAUGAGUGUAGACUUCUAUCACCACCUGGUAUGAUUUCCAGGAACUGGAGAUGUCAUAGGAAGUGUAAGGAUCUACUUAAAAAGAGGGUGUUUUUAAAUAUGGCCGCUAAUAUUACUCUGUUACAUUGACAGGUCUGAGAUGAUUUUAUAUGCACUUCUGCUUGCAUUUUGACAAAACCAUAUACACCAAUAACCUGACUGCAUAAAUGAGUCUCAAUGGUCAGAGCUGAUAGACCACUGCAUCUAAGGCCUACCAUAGAUUGACUAAAUAUUUAGAUAAAUGUAGUAUUAGUUAAAGAUAAAACUUAACUUGUAUUAGACUCAUUGAUUAACAAUAUAAGCAAUAGAAAUUUAAAAGGACAAUAUAGGCAACCAGACCACUUCAGCUCAUUGAACUGGUCUGGGUGUAAUGCCCCUUUCCUACCUAGUGCUGCAGUGGAGAUUACUGCAGUUUUAGAGAAACUGCAAUAAUUAUAUUGCAGGAUUAAGAUUGCUUCUUGUGGCAUCAGAUAGAUACUAGAGGCAUUUCUGCUCUUCCUGCACACUGUACAGUACUGCCCCAGGAAGCAUCUCCAGUGGCCGAGUGGUCGUCUGAAGAGUGAACACAGGAGGUGUCCCUAGGGGACAAUGUAAACACUGUCUUUUCUACAUGCAAAUCCCUACAGGGAAUGAUUAUACUCACCAGAACAACUACAUUAAGCUGUAGUUGUUCUGGUGACAAUAGUGUCCCUUUAAGUAAGGGGGUCAAAGUCCAAAUCUACUUUCCCAAAAAAUAACAUGUAAAAUAGUAAGCAAUCAAAGUGCUAAUGUUUCAAAAACCAAAAAAAACUAAUGAGGUGGAUAUCCUUAUUUGAAACAAAAAAAAAAAAAAUGGUAAGAUGCAAUAAAAUAGUUUGACCACCAGAGGUCUUCUCAGUCCUGAAAAGUUAGUGCUGAAAAUCACUGGUGUUGGUGCUUCAUUGUUAUAAUGAGCUGCAGAAAUGCUGCAAGGCCAUAAUAAUUAAAUAUUAGCACCAAAAAAACACAAAUAUUAUACUGCCACCAGAGGGAGCUCCAUGUUGAUAUAUGCACUCCAGAUGUUUUGUUUUUUUAUCAAUGAGUCUAGUAAAAGCUAAAUUUUAUCUUUAACUACUACCACAUUUAUCCAUAUACACCAAUAAUGUGUACUGUGGUAAAUACACGGUAAAGCAUGAAAUGUACGUGUGGGACCGGUCCUCUUUAGGCCUGAAUUCACAACAAAGAACAAAGAAUAUACACCACAAACAGAUUACACUUGAAGCUUCAGCAUUUUUCUUUCUUUCAUGUUCUACAGCAUAUUCAUUUAUUGUGUAAUUGAAUAUUUAAUUUUUUUUUCUAAUGCUUUACACCAAAAUAAAAACAGGUGAAAAAACACUUUUGUAUUUCAAAGGACACUAUAGUCACCAGAACAACUACAGCUUAUUGGAUUUGUUCUGGUGAGUAGAAUCAUUACUUUAGGCCUUUUGCUGUAAACACUGUCUUUUCAGAGAAAAUACAGUGUUUACAUUACAGCCUAGUGAUAACUUCACUGCCCACGCCUCAUAUGACUGUUAGAAAUCCUUCCUGGGUCAUGGCUGCCUAAAAUGCAUCCAAACAUUCAGUAUCUCCUCCCUCUGCAUGCAGACACUGAACUUUCCUCAUAGAGAUUAAUUGAUUCAAUUCAUCUCUAUGAGGAGAUACUGAUUGGCCAGGGCUGUGUUUGAAUUGUGCUGGCUCUGCCCCUGAUCUGCCUCUUUGUCAGUCUCAGCCAAUCCUAUGGGGAAGCAUUGUGAUUGGAUCAGACUACCACUUCUGAUGAUGUCAGCAGACUGCUUGUUUUUCUGAGGCAAACAACAUGCAGAAUUACAGCUUCAGGCUUGAAUACAGUAAGAUUUUGCUAUAUUUAUGGAGGCAUGAGGGGCCCAGGGGGCUAGAUGGUGUUUUUAACACUAUUGGGUCAGGAAUACAUGUUUGUGUUCCUGACCCUAUAGUGAUCUUUUAAUACAGAUAAAGUCUGCUUACAGGUUAGUGGCAGUAUAAUACAGGGAGUGCAGAAUUAUUAGGCAAGUUGUAUUUUUGAGGAUUAAUUUUAUUAUUGAACAACCAUGUUCUCAAUGAACCCAAAAAACUCAUUAAUAUCAAAGCUGAAUAUUUUUGGAAGUAGUUUUUAGUUUGUUUUUAGUUAUAGCUAUGUUAGGGGGAUAUCUGUGUGUGCAGGUGACUAUUACUGUGCAUAAUUAUUAGGCAACUUAACAAAAAACAAAUAUAUACCCAUUUCAAUUAUUUAUUAUUACCAGUGAAACCAAUAUAACAUCUCAACAUUCACAAAUAUACAUUUCUGACAUUCAAAAACAAAACAAAAACAAAUCAGUGACCAAUAUAGCCACCUUUCUUUGCAAGGACACUCAAAAGCCUGCCAUCCAUGGAUUCUGUCAGUGUUUUGAUCUGUUCACCAUCAACAUUGCGUGCAGCAGCAACCACAGCCUCCCAGACACUGUUCAGAGAGGUGUACUGUUUUCCCUCCUUGUAAAUCUCACAUUUGAUGAUGGACCACAGGUUCUCAAUGGGGUUCAGAUCAGGUGAACAAGGAGGCCAUGUCAUUAGAUUUUCUUCUUUUAUACCCUUUCUUGCCAGCCACGCUGUGGAGUACUUGGACGCGUGUGAUGGAGCAUUGUCCUGCAUGAAAAUCAUGUUUUUCUUGAAGGAUGCAGACUUCUUCCUGUACCACUGCUUGAAGAAGGUGUCUUCCAGGAACUGGCAGUAGGACUGGGAGUUGAGCUUGACUCCAUCCUCAACCCGAAAAGGCCCCACAAGCUCAUCUUUGAUGAUACCAGCCCAAACCAGUACUCCACCUCCACCUUGCUGGCGUCUGAGUCGGACUGGAGCUCUCUGCCCUUUACCAAUCCAGCCACGGGCCCAUCCAUCUGGCCCAUCAAGACUCACUCUCAUUUCAUCAGUCCAUAAAACCCUUAGAAAAAUCAGUCUUGAGAUAUUUCUUGGCCCAGUCUUGACGUUUCAGCUUGUGUGUCUUGUUCAGUGGUGGUCGUCUUUCAGCCUUUCUUACCUUGGCCAUGUCUCUGAGUAUUGCACACCUUGUGCUUUUGGGCACUCCAGUGAUGUUGCAGCUCUGAAAUAUGGCCAAACUGGUGGCAAGUGGCAUCGUGGCAGCUGCACGCUUGACUUUUCUCAGUUCAUGGGCAGUUAUUUUGCGCCUUGGUUUUUCCACACGCUUCUUGCGACCCUGUUGACUAUUUUGAAUGAAACGCUUGAUUGUUCGAUGAUCACGCUUCAGAAGCUUUGCAAUUUUAAGAGUGCUGCAUCCCUCUGCAAGAUAUCUCACUAUUUUUGACUUUUCUGAGCCUGUCAAGUCCUUCUUUUGACCCAUUUUGCCAAAGGAAAGGAAGUUGCCUAAUAAUUAUGCACACCUGAUAUAGGGUGUUGAUGUCAUUAGACCACACCCCUUCUCAUUACAGAGAUGCACAUCACCUAAUAUGCUUAAUUGGUAGUAGGCUUUCGAGCCUAUACAGCUUGGAGUAAGACAACAUGCAUAAAGAGGAUGAUGUGGUCAAAAUACUAAUUUGCCUAAUAAUUCUGCACUCCCUGUAUGUAUUAAACCCUAACAUCCUGGUUGCGGCGGCCUUGCUCUAAAUAAAUAAGAACGUUCAGCAGCACAACAGGAGGGUGUAGGGAGAUGCAAAUGUACAGUCGACAGCUGUCUAUUACCGCUCUUAAUAUUGCAAAAUAAACGUCACAUGGCGGCCCAGUGACAGUCGCCAUGGCCUCUGUUACCCGUCUGCUUAUUCGGGGUUUGAGGGUACUGUAGUGGGGCCAUUGUUCAUGCUACUUAAUUGUUUUUUUAUGUUUUACACUUUAAUUCAUCAUGGUCUUCUAUUGGACCUGCGAGUCUGAACUUAUUUCAAGAAAUAAUUUAAUAACCCUGUGUGGCUAAAAAUCUGUAAUCUGUUUAAUAAUAGGGACCUGCGUGUACCAUUGCAUUGCUUGCUACAUGUGCGCCUAGAUUGCAAUAAAACAUUAAUUUACCAAAAAAAAUGAAUAUCUAACAUCCCUUUCUGUAUCCUGUUUUGUUCUUUUAGGUUCAAGAUGAUUUGAUAUUAUUCCUUGAUGGCAGACCUCUAAUGGUUUCUUGGAAAACCCCAGAAGGAAAAGAAAAGCCAAGCUUACUCUGGGUACCACUGCUUUCUCUUUCAGUCAUUUCAUUCCCAGCUUUGUCUGUUUGUGGCAUAACUGGUGCAUUACUUGCUGUAUCCCCACAGUGUAGCCAUUCCAUUGGUGAUUGUAUCCCUCUAGGUAGCCACCUGUUUCACAACUCUACUCUUUUUAACUGGCUUUACAGUGUAUGGAUUGUUUUAUGUAUGUAUUCUUGUAACCUAUUGCAUGUAUGUCUGUUUCAGGUAUGUAACCUACCCAAGGAGAGGACUAAGGGCCUUUCUGCUCAGUGUAAAUUCCACGUUGUUUUCAAUGAUGGAGAAGCUGAAAAAGAAUGUGUUCUAUACCCAGGUAAUAGGGACAGUUCCGAAUUCAAAGUGUGAAGAUCUGUAAUAAAGUUGUAUCAGGAGGCUCUAAUUUUAAAAAUGUUUUUGUUUUUAACUCUUAAUUUCCAUAGGGCAAAAACAGACUUGGUUUUGUAAUUCUGCUACAGAGGAACACAUAUUCAGGUAUAAAUCAUUUUGUAAGUUGGCGGUCUUAGUCAGAAUUCCUCAAUUCUCAUAACACUUUGUAAGCUUUUAGUUGGUGAACGAUUGUAUUCCAUGAUCUAACAGACCUUCAGUUAGGUUUAUAUGAGAUUUGAUCCUCUAGUAAUAAAUACUUGCUUGUUCCUGCACAUCUUUUGUUUGCUUUGUUAUCAUAUUCUCCUAUUGGGCAUUUACUAACCUCCGUGCAGUGCGAUAAACACUUAUCAGAGUUGAAAUAUCAUUGUGUAGAAUAUUGGUAUGGCUGUCUUCAUAUCCUUUUUAAUCAUUUUUUGCUGCUAGUCUUUUUCUCAAUAUCACAUUCAGAAAUAGCUUUUUCAGUUUUUAUAAAUAUCCAGUAACCCUGUCUGUAAUCUGUCCCCAGAUUUGACCUCUCUGAGGGAAAAAGCAAUAUCUUACAACAUGAAUUAAAGUCUUGCAAGGAGCUUCAAGAGUUGGAACCCGAAAAUAAAUGUAAGUGGUGUAUGUGCAGGAUACAUGAUAAUGUUUUUUUUGGAAGAGUAUUCAAUUGUUUUCCCUUUAUCACCCUACAGUCCAUAUUCCUCCACUACAUACAUAUUACAGCCCUUAUACACACACAAACACACGUCAGCCCCUAAGAAAGAACACUCACUAUCCACUCAUUACAGCUGCUAUGCAUAUAUGUACACACACUACAGCCCUAGUGUACAUACAGCCCCUAUAUAUUUGCACUAUACAAUCCCUAUACCAAUCUACUACAGCCCCUAGACCACACUGCAUUCCAUAGACAAAUAUAUACACUACAAGUCCUAAACAUACACAGACUUCACAUCCUGUAGACACACAUGCACACUACAGCCCUUGAAAACACACAGGACACUACAAACAGACUCCUUUACACACAUUACACAAACGGUUACCUGUACACAACCACAAUUCUCUGAACCAGCCCUGUCAUACUUUUGUUCUCUGGUGCUCUACUCAUGGGGACACCAGUCAAUACAGCACAGUCGUGUCAUUAAUCUGUAUGUGCUGCGUAAAAAACACAGGGCAUUUUCAAAAUGGGAGAGUUCUGCAGCAGAGUUAGGUGCAUGGAAUGCCUUGGUGGGGCAUCAAAGUAAUAAGUUCACAAAGAGGGAACGUGCAUGCCAUUGAUGAUUUCAUGACGCACACCCUCUCUAUCCCCUCCCACUAUUAUUGGGCUACUUUGCCAUUAAGAGCCUAGUACAGCCCUGAUAGCAGGGAUAGAGUAUUAUCUGUAGUAAACUAUGCUAUGGUUUCCCUGCUUGAAGUCUCAGCGCGUUGUUUCGAACGAGGCAUGCAAGUGGUUGUAGAACAGUUUGCCAAAAAGUUACCUGGCGUCAAACUAAAACAAUGCUGCAUAUUUUGUGUCUGGAUUGUCCUUUAUACCAUGAUAAUAAAUGUUAGCCUUUGAUGGGAAUUUCUUGUACAAGUGAAAUAUGUGAUAGAACAAGUCACAUUCCACAUUUUUCUUUCAAAUGACUAUAUCAUGGAACAUACUUUCACCUCAUAGGAAAGGUCACAUUUACAGAUGUUCAUGUGUCUAUCCUUCUGUCCAGAAUUUACACAGCAGAUUGUUCUAUAUUGUGCAUGUUCUGGCCAUUGACUUUGAACUAAAUGUCCACCAUAUUCUAAAUGGGUAAACAUUAUAAGUAGCCAGUAUGAUUUCUGUUGUAGUUUCAUUGUUUUACCUUUGUCUUCUUCAUUUAAAAAAUGCAAAUGCUGUAAAAUGAUUAUUUUAACUCUUUCUUUGUGCAUGUGAUGUAACCCUGUGCUUUAUCAUACAUAAGCCAUUCAUUUUUAAGUCUUAAGAUCAGAAGAUCACUGUGUGUACUUACUAGCAAGUGAAAAACUGAAUUUCUUUAGCCUAAAAUUAAAAUGCUAAAGCGAAAUAUAAAAUGUCUUUGUGUACAGCUUUAAUAUUAUAAAUAAUCACACAGAUAUAAAUUGUGAUACAAACAAAUGAAAAUCAAGCAAUGUGGUUUGUAAUUGCAAUGCCACCUUUCAACCACAAGGCGGCCGUGCUACUUCAUUUUUAUUUUUUGCAAAGUAAGAAUUCUACAUAUUGCUGUCAGAGUUAAUCACUAAAGGUUGAAUGUCAGUCACAGUUUAUGAAAACUUUUAGUGAGUACUUUUUGCAGAAAACAUAUCAGAACACUUAAGAACCACAUUUCCUUCCUGAGUUUUGCUUUCACAGUCAGUUUAAAAAAACUAAAAGUUGAAAAUGCAGAAUCAUCCCCAAUAGUGUGUAAUUCAUGAGAUCAGCACCUCUCCUUGUACCAUUUAUGAAGGACAUGUGUUGGUCAUCUCCGAACCAUGAUAUGGUCCUUUCUCUCGCUAUGUAAAUCUGAAAACAAAAACAAGAUUCCCAGUGAAUCAAGAAAACUUUAUUGGAUUUUUCCCUUGUUCGAUUGUGGCUCUAGCCAAACCAUAAGAAAACCAUAACAAUGUUUAGUCAAAAAUAAAGUAUUGCAGCACAACCAUUUUCCCGAGGUGGAGAGUAUGUUUAUUGUCUUAUUACUGUGUUUUAGUGGUACCUCUAUAAACAUCUGCAGUACACAAAAAAUGUCUUUGUUACUCAGAUGUCUGAAAGCCUUGGACUCUUGCCAUAUAACAGCAUUUUGAUACAACAGAUAUUUGGUCAGCUGUCUACUGCUGAUAUUCUAUUUAAUUACUCUGACACACUGCAACGUAACACACACUGAAUUGCACCGCAGUGAAAGACCUUCUGUAACAUUUUUGCCCCAGUGGAGAGUAAUGUAUUCAUUAACAACCCAUAUGUAUAACAAAACAUAACGGACUAAAAUCAAACCCAGGUCAACUCCACACUUUAUAAUUCUUGUUUAACCCAUGGUAUUCUUUACAAACAGAGUAGGGGGAGGAAAGCCCAGAGCUGGGAUGAGUGCCGUUACACUGAAGGAAAAAAAAAUGAUUUCCCCAUCCUAUGUGUCGAACAAGAGUUAAUAUAAGUGUACCCAACCAUCAAUCAACAUCCCCAUACACCUUCUAGCCCCGUAAUGAUCUGUCUGUAUAUGAUCUGUCUGCAAUCAUAUUACCAUCUGUUAAUUCAUAAUAAUAUCCAGAUUUAAUUCAUUUUCAAGUAUGUGCUGGACUGUGUGUGGUAUUACCUGAUUUACUGAUACUUGAUUUAAUGCGCUCUUAUGUUAACCCCUGAAGGACCAAACUUCUGGAAUAAAAGGGAAUCCUGAAAUGUCACACAUGUCAUGUGUCCUUAAGGGGUUAAAUAUGUUUAUUUCUAAAACUGAAGGUUUUCCCCCUUCUUUUUUUUAAUUUCCAGGUACAGCCAUGUGCAUGGCUGCAUUGAAUGGGAGAGCUUCCAUUGGCUGAAAUUAUUCAUUUUCUUUCUUGUUGCUGUCCAAAUUCUCAUUUAGGGUGCCUGCUCACUAUAAUUCUUCUAAUGAGAGCCUUGGACCCUUUGUUCUAUGAGAAGGAGUGCCUGUCCUACUUUGAUAUUCUGAAGGUAUGACAUGCAGAAGCAAUGCCUGUCUAGUUUGACAGAAUAAGAUAGGAAUGUUUUCUUUGGCGUUGAGGUUUUACUGUGCAUGCAGAAAAGAGUGACAGCGUGUUUUUGUUGUGUGUGCAUUGCUUUACAUUAUAGUGCUGUUCAUGUUGUGGAAUGCAUAUCUAAAAAAUUAUUUAACAGUAAUAGCGUUGAAGUGGUUGGGGCUCUUUUGUGCUUAGUUAGUGGGACAAGUUGAAUUCCUUUUAAGAUUCAGCAUGCGUGGCUUUUUUUUCUGGCAAACCUUAAGCACGUAUCACCCUUAAAAUGUUCAAUACAAAAAAGAUUCAGGCACUCCUAGGUUCAGAGCAGGCAAUUUUAUUGGAACCCACAGCAACGCUUUGACCUUUAGCAUGAAAAAGACCGUAAAGGUUGAAAUGUUGCUGUGGGUUCCAAUAAAAUUGCCUGCUCUGAAGCUAGGAGUACCUGAACCUUUUUUGUAUUUAACACUAUUACCAUUGGAACCUGGUGCUUGGUUCUGGUUUAGUUAAGCACCUUGGCUCAGAUUGAUGGGAUUGAGUGCAGUUCCCUUUAUAUGCUGUAAAGCCUUAAAAUGUUCAAAUCAGGAUUAUUUUAAGUGUGUGAGAGAUCAAUGAUCUCAAAUUUGAUAGAAUUAAUCAGGGGCUGGUCAUACCGCUAGCAUAGUGCCUAUUGGUUGACGCCAUAUUUUCUAGGAAGACUGGGCAUCUAGAGGCUCUGCUGGAAUAUUUUAUUAGCAAGUUGACACACAUACAUACAUACAUACACACACACACACACACUGCACAUUCACUCCAUUACAGUAGCCCAAAACCACCUGCUCGUGGGCUGUGAAAAUAAAAUUAGUUUGAGGCUUCAUCCUGGUUAACAGAGAAUCCCGUGAGACCAGCUAGUUACUUUACCUACACCACUCCUUACAUGAUAUGCGGGGAAAUGCAUUUACAAUCUUGCUGUUGGUUAUUAGGAGAUUCUGGGAAAAGAAUGCUAAAUGAUCUACUAUCUCACGGUAUUUGCAUGUGGGAACCUGCUUGGAAUACAUAAUUUUAACAUAACAAUACAAUGAGUAAAGAUAUGGGUUUGACAUCCCAGAGACCCAGCCUAAUGCACUCUUACACACACUGUAGGUUGAUUUGCUUUUAUCAAUUUGACAUUCUCCUACAUUGCCUUGAACAUGGAGUGAGCAAUGAAGAUGGUGGCUGUCCUGAUAUUGUUAACUUACUAUGAAAGUCAGCACUAUUUUAUUUAUUUUUUAAACCCGUAUCAAUUUUUAGUUAAUGUUUUCUAUCCUGUCCCUAUUUCUGUAUAUGUCUAUAGCAAAUUCAGUCCAACAACAUAUAUUUCCUUAUUGUGCAGGUUUUUUUGUGCAUGUUCAAAGCUUUUUAAAUAACUUAUUGAAUGUAUAUUUUUCAAGUAUUUAUACAUUUGAAAAAUUACUUGUGCUUAUUUAAAACAAUAAAUAUAUAUUUUUUUUAUUUAUUUUUUUGUUUGAGGUCUUUAUACAAUUAAAAAGUAUUUUCAAUAUUUUACAAAGUAUAGGCCAAGAUUAUAUAUUUAGUUUAUCUGAAAAUCUACUUCUCUUAAGCAGAGGUGUGGAAGCCCACAUUCCAAACAUAGAAAUGAAAAAGCAAGUACAAUGGAAUUUAUGGCAUCUAACACUAUGCAUUAACGUUUCAAUUCUAUACACUACAUUUUGAGUGCCAUGGCAAAGGUCCCAACAUGAUUUAAAAUGUACAUGUCUUGCAGGUGAUCUAGUUGACCCAUUAGACUUUUAGGUCAAAACUACCAGUUAGGUUAAGGGGUCACUUUGGGAAUUCGUUAAAUCCUAUUUAUGUUCUAGCUUACUUCCUUAUAAGAAUAUAAUUUAUUUGUGGAUGUUUGCUGCCAGCUGAGCAUUAGAAACUCUUUGCUCUCUGUAGGCUGUUGAUCCAAUGCGUUCUGGUUACUACGAUGAUUUGUGCAGCAAAUUCCAGAUGGAGAAUGCCAUAUUAAAGAUGGAGUAUGCAGAGGCACGUGUUAUAGACCUUGCAAAAAAGGUUAGUUUAAUUUACCAUACUGGCAUUCUAUGUCUGUUAUCAUCAGUAUGUGCAUGAAGUUCUAAUAUUCCCGUAGGGGCUGACCCGUUUAUGCCAUCUUGACCAUCUGAUGUUGGUUACCCACAUGGAUCUCUCAGGGAAUCUCCUCAAGUCUCUUCCUGCUGAUGUAUCCAUGAUGAGAUGUAUCGAGGUACAGCGUUCCCUUACAGUUGAUGGAAGUGGAAUAUACUUUGUUUGAGGGAUAAGGGCGAGAGGGAAGUGGGUUGGAGAGGGAACAUAUCCGAUUCUAGUCUUGAGUUUUGCUGAUUCUGUUUUUGCUUGUUUUCCAGGUGCUUGAAUGUGAUAACAAUGAGAUUUCACAUCUACCAGGAGUCUGGAAUUUGCCAAAACUGGAGGAGCUAUCACUGCAAUAUAAUAGUAUCCUUCAAACGAGUAUUAGCCUGUCUUUCACUAGCUAUGACCAGUUAAACAACAUUAUGAAACAUUUGGCAGUUACAUAGAGUGCAUAUUACUAGGUGGAAUAAUGAGGUGGUAGUGGUAACUGCGCAUGGUUCUGUAGACUCUUACCGGGUGUUAAAGGAGCAGUCUAAGCACCAGAUAACUGUAGUGGUUAUCCCAAUUUUAAGAGAAAAUUCAGUUCCAAAAGGUUUUAAACUUGGUUGUAUCCAGUAUCCAGACGCUUUUACAUUCAGCAUAUCAAGUUUGUCCAUAUUUGGAUGGAAUUCAACGACGAAAUUGCUAUAAUUGAUGCGGAAGUAGAUAUUUCCACUUUUGCAAUAUAUGGGAAAAGAGACUGGAAUGCACAUACAUAGGAGACCAAUUGAAAUGUUUCCAAUUUAGCUGUAUUGGCUUUAAUUUGUGUUUCCUGGUCAAACCCAACAAUUUCUGGUUUAGUAAAUAACCCUAUAUAUAAAGCAAUCCACCAAAUGAAAAAAAGAAAUAUACAAAGUGGAGUUUUUGUCAAUAAUGGUAGAAACGUUUAAUUGCUGCCCAUUCUUUUUUUUGGGAAAAUAUUGGUGCAGUUUCUGUGUUUUUUUUUUUGUUUUUUUUUUUUUCGGAAAGCGCUAGUGCUAUUACCAGGGCUGAAUUUCCCAAAAGGCGCUGGCAGGAGAGACACAAGCAUUUUUUCCGUCAAUUCCAUGUCCAGGGACAUCAUCCACUGUACCUCCACAGAGCCUGCCUCAGACUCUGCACAACCCCACCCACUAUCCUGUCCUCCCAUGCACUGUCCCAUACAUUGUGCCUCUUCAGGCCACCUCAGACCGCCCUCCUUGUCAAAUUAUAACUCUUUUCACUAUGUCUUUAUUGAUUCAUCUCCAUGCUGUUCUCCUAUACUUUACUCCUGGUUGGCCUUGCCUUUACCUCCACCAUGCCUUCCUCCAUUCAUUGGCCCACUUUAUUAUAUGCUUUCCAAUGUGUUCAGUCCUUCACUCACACAAUCAGGCGGCACCUUUUGCUUUCCUUCAGUCUAAUACCAUAUUCAGUGUAGAUGUUGAAUGUUCUGCUUUAUUCAGUUUUAACUCUGCAUUAUGUGUUAUAUUGCAUUCUUUGUUACAAUGCAGUGGGUGUUUUCAUUUUUAACUUUUCUGGAAAUUUCUUUUUUUUAGCAAUAUUCUUUUUUUCUAUGUAUAGAAAGGUAUAUAAAUUGUUUGUUACAACAUUUCUGCUGGAAGUUAGAAAUUCAGUUGUGAGAAAGGCAAAACCAGCAUAAUUCUCACAAGUUCUACUAUUAAAGCCAUACAGCCGUUAUUCACAUGCGUGCACACUCACACUACACCAUUAAUAGCCCCAUCCAUAGACCCACAACCUCAAAACAGCCUCCCUCCCACACAUGCAACCUACAAGCUGCCUUCUCCAACAUAUACAACAAACUAGUCGCAUUCACUCGUCAAAUCACAUACCCCAAACUUGUCCCAGUCACACAUCCACCAAACUUUUUACAUGUAUAUAUGAAGGGAUGUGGGUGGGAGUGCGUUGAGGAAAAAUGUCUUGGGGUACCAAAAUGGGAAAAUCGGGCCCUGACUUUAACCUAUGCAACGGUGGCUGCUUUAAAAGUCUGAUUCUCCUUGCAUGCAUCUGUCAUUGAAAGCACCACAUGCUGACAGAAACCAGCAAUAAAAAAAUAGGAAUACUAAGAAUGUUAUUGCACCGCAUUUGCAAACUGCUUCCUGCAUCUUUCCUCUGCAAACUGGGUUUUGUUAUGAUUAUGCAGUCACUCUUCUGUCUUUGGAAUGUCCCAGCGCUGACAGAGUGAGGUGGAGUGAGACUCUACCUCUGAUGAUUCAAGGUAAUUUGCUUGGCGUAUACUGUAUAACAAUCACGAACAAUUUAAAAUAUUUUUUUCACUGUCAAGGCAUUAGAAAGCAUUUUAAUUUCUGUCUACUCCCCCUAUCAUUGCUCUAAAAAGAGAUUUUGGUUUGGGGUGAAGUAACAAUGCAAAAUAACAGAUUAUCCCAGUAUCUCGUUAUACCUUUUUCAUUGAACUAUCAGAAUUUUAGAAUGACUAGAUUUCAGGAGAUCCACUCUUAAUAAAGUGUAAAGCAUUGGUAAGGAGAGGAUGUUAACAAAGGGAAGAUCUCCCAAAAUCUAGCCAUUCCUAAUUUCUGCUGCAUGAUACAGUGCAAUCUGACAUUCCAACUGGUCUUAUGGCUGUUAUCUGCCUGGUUGCCGAACACGAGUCUCUUCGGUAUGAUCACUCCAUACUUUAUGUUGGGGUUUAUUUUCUAAGCAGCGAAUUGAAAAAAUCUCCAACUCUACAGAGAGACGUUUUUCAUUCUAGGUUAUUUUGCCUUAAAAUUUGCAAGCCAUUUGUCAGAUUGCCAUGACUUGUACCUUAGUGAAUAAAUCCAUAUUGCAGAGUUGUCAUACUACACCACCUAGCUGCUUUUGGACUACAACUCCCAUGACCCUGUCUCAAGUGGUUUAACCUUUGUUUUUUUUACAGUUUGGGUAUAAAAACUAAAUGUAAGGUUCACGUUGAGCUCGUUACAUUUGAUAUAUUUUGAUGACCAAUAUGGGAGCUGCAAACAAUAUCUUUCCUUUUCACGUAGAGGAUGUUAGGUGUGAAUACAAAUGAGUCAUAAUAAAUGGAUGGGGUACUGGUAUGUGUUUGGUAUUUGUGACCUUGUUGGAUUGUGCUUUGUGAAACCAUUACAUUAUGUACAUUGUGUGCAUCUACCACAUAUACAUAAAUACAGACUUCUGACAGUUCUGCGUUAACGGUCCUAGUUACACAACACUGCUGCAGAACUACAGCAGACUGGGCCCCUUAUCGAACUACACUUGAUUGACAGCCUGCUAAUCACUUCUAGCAUUGCUGGGAGGAAGUGAUCAGUUCAUAUGCUUCCACCGUUCAUCUGCAAAAUGUUAUCUAAAAAGGAGGCGGUCUAAAUAAAAUGUGUGUGUAUGUGUUAUACCAGUUGUGUGCAUAGCAGAUUAAGUCUUUAGUAUGUGCAACAAUGUUUGUGUGUUUAGCAGAGUCUGUGCUUAGCAUUGUGUGUGUGUGUGUAUUGGGGCUUGUGUGUCUGGUAGGUGUGUCUGCGUGUGUGUGUAAUUUUCAGUGAGUGUCUCUCUCUGGGAGCAUGUGUCAGUGACUCUCUCGGAGCAUGUGUCGGGGUGUGUCUCUCACUGGGAGCAUGUGUCGGGGUGUCUCUCAGAGUGUGUACUUCUAUCUAGGGGGUAGAGGGCAGCCAGUGGGUUUGUAUGGACCCCUAUGGUUUCUGAUGUUAGCCUUGAACACAUAUGCACACAUUAAAUAAGUGUUCAUGUUUCUGCUGUCCUGUACUCUCUGCAUUUUCUUGUUGUUUUCAUUAGGAAGGUGACAUUUCCAUGCCCUUGUGUUUUUGGGUGUUCCCUGUUUUUCUUUAACCACAUGUGCCAGAAAUCCGGAAUGUAUCUGAUCUCCAACCCCUUUCCCGCUGCCCUAGCCUCUCUGUCCUUCACUUGCAAGGUAACCCACUUUGUGAAUCAGCAGAUGCCCGAGCUGAGCUGGAAGCACUUCUUCCCCACGUGGACAGUAUACAAUUAUGACCUAUUUAAUGUGUCUGAUGUCACUUCUUCAUGUCCUGUCUCAAUAAACACUAUGUAUUGAC